CUCUUAUCAACUACUUCCGCCUCGUCCCAUCGUUCUUUGUACUAAUAGCCUUCCUCUCAUCGGCGCGCGCUGUCUGUGAGCAUGUCUUUCGCUACCAGACUCCUGCGCACGUCGCGGGCUCUGCGCACACAGCACAUCAAUCCCAUCCAGAGCGCACUCAACACUAGGGGCCAGCAGCAGUUGGUCCGCGGAUACGCCACCGUCUUUGAGCGCAGCAAGCCUCAUGUGAACAUUGGCACCAUCGGCCACGUCGAUCACGGAAAGACUACACUCACCGCAGCCAUCACGAAGCGACAAGCAGAGAAGGGGUACGCAAAGUUUCUCGAGUAUGGUGCCAUCGACAAGGCGCCUGAAGAGCGCAAGCGCGGUAUCACCAUCUCUACAGCACACAUCGAAUACCAAACCGAUGCCCGCCACUACGCCCACGUCGAUUGCCCCGGUCACGCUGAUUACAUCAAGAACAUGAUUACUGGUGCUGCGUCUAUGGACGGUGCGAUCAUUGUUGUUGCAGCCUCAGACGGACAAAUGCCACAGACUAGAGAGCACUUGCUCUUGGCACGCCAAGUUGGUGUACAGAGAAUUGUUGUCUUUGUGAACAAAAUCGAUGCUGUAGAGGAUCAGGAGAUGUUGGAGCUCGUGGAGAUGGAGAUGCGUGAGCUUCUGUCCUCAUAUGGGUUCGAGGGUGACGAUACACCAAUUGUCAUGGGCUCUGCUCUUUGCUCUCUGGAAGGGCGCAGAAAGGAGAUAGGCGAGGAAAAGAUCGACGAGCUCCUGAAGCAGGUCGAUGAGUGGAUCCCAACUCCAGAGCGUGAGAUGGACAAGCCUUUCUUGAUGUCCGUCGAGGAUGUCUUCUCGAUCCCUGGCCGAGGAACUGUCGCAUCUGGCCGAGUCGAGCGUGGCGUGCUGAAGAAGGAUUCGGAAGUUGAGCUGGUAGGCAAGAACGCAACACCAAUCAAGACCAAGGUCACCGAUAUCGAGACCUUCAAGAAAUCUUGCGACCAGUCCCAGGCCGGUGAUAACUCUGGUCUGCUUCUCCGUGGUGUGAAGCGCGAGGACGUCCAGCGUGGUAUGGUGAUUGCUGUCCCUGGCAGUCAAAAGGCGCACAAGAAAUUCCUGACUUCUUUAUAUGUCCUUACGAAGGAGGAGGGAGGCCGACACACUGGAUUUCAGAACAACUACAAGCCACAGCUUUUCCUGCGAACGGCCGACGAGGCUGCCACUCUCACUUGGGCUGAGGGCUCUGAGCAGCUGAAAGAGAACAAGAUGGUCAUGCCAGGGGACAACGUCGAGAUGGUAUGCGAGAUCAACAAGCCUUUGGCCCUAGAACAAGGACAACGCUUCAACGUUCGUGAAGGUGGCCGCACAGUUGCCACUGGUUUGAUCACCCGUGUGCUGUCUUGAGCAAAAAUGCUAUUCGCGAGGAGCGAAGUAUUCGGGAACAGGAAUGGAAAUGCUUGUCGACGAUGAGAUGCCAGCAUGGCCGCAACAGGCAUGAAGAAGAGGACAAUGAUGUGAACGGAGAUGUACAGCUAGACCGCCGAGUGACAGAUCACCUUCGACGAUUGAUUGUAUUUGCUGUACUUUACUGGGAGAUGGAACAGCGCGCAUAGCCUGGCGUCAGUCACUGUAAGAUAGCAUUUUUGAUACCACGCAACCCGAUCCCAGCUCUUCCGAAGCACAAGAGAUCUCCCGAAGGCGCCGUGGGGUGCCGGAAGUUCACGAUGCAGCGAGUCUGGUGAGGAUCCAUUAUUGUCCACAAUGGCGGGGGCUGCCCGCCCAAGUGAGAGCUGUGCGUGCUGCUACCUCCUACCGGCCGGACCUUUAGUGCCACAAUUAUUCUUGGCGAUCGCAGGACUCUCUUGAUUUCAAGGUUGGAGCAACAACCUUAUUUCAUACAGUACAUGUACCUCGGGGAUUCGUGGCUUACCUGCCUGACCUGACCUGAUUGCUUCUGUUGCUCGCGUCAAUCUGCUGAGUCUGGUGAGAAGGGCCUUUGGUUGCGGGUGCAGUCUAGGUACAUGUAUGUCAGGUACCUGGUAGGUACUAGGUACAUACACAGUGGUCGUCACUCCGGUCACUCUGACGGUCCGCACUGGUCUAAUCCCUAAGGUCAGUAGGUAAGGUACAUGUAGGGAGCUGUAGAGGUAGCCUGUAGCCUGACAGAAGUGGCGGAGAUGCGCUGAA